GGAGGAGGAGAGGAGGAGCGAGGACAGGCGAGAUAGAGAGUGAGAGAGGAAGAUAGAGUACCGCGCACCGCGUGCACUCAUCGUUAAACCUCUCCCUCACCCUUCCUUUGUGUUCCUCGUGUUCGUCGCCGUGCCUUCGGGUGGACGUCUAUGGCUCGUCAGUAGAGGAGAAAAAUAGACGGAGGGGGGAGAGAGGGGCCACAGGCAGGUAGAAGGAAGAAGAGGAAAGAUAGGGAUAAACAGGGACGGAGGCGGAGAAGGGAAGGGACAGUAGGAGACAGACAGAGACCGGACAGGCGGAUAGACCAACGAGGUGAAUAUUUCCCGAUCCGAAGGGGAGCUGAGAGGACAUCCCGGCAAAGUGAAUAUGUCCGCGAAGCGAAAGUCUACUGCCAUCAUGCAGCACCAUAAGGUGAGUCGAGCUAGAACCUCGUACGAAGAUGCGUGUUACCCCCGCAACGCACAGGAGAACAUCUCGACCCCAGAGCCCGCCGACAUAUCCGAGGACGAUCACUAUCCAAUAGCAGGUGCGCUGAUGAAGGACCCGGAUAAGCUGAAGUUGAUGCUGCUCGCGUGGAAUUAUAAUCUGCAGCAGCAGGCUCACGCCCAGGUUCAGGCCGCCAACGCCGCCCUAUCGCCAAAUAACUCCGCGACCACUACGGCCACUACCGUCGGCACACCUGUCACCAGUCAAUCAGCUAUUUCCACAGCGAACAACACCAUUAAUAAUGCCACGCUCACAGAUUCCAGAAACGGCUCGGCGGAACUGGUCGACAUGCCGGCUGGGACGGUGCCGAACCUGAGCGCCGUCGCGGGCACCGAGGACAUGGCGUCCCUGUGGUACGCCAUGGGUUUCAAGAAGACGCCACCGCCGGCCUCGUCGGCGACGCCCUCAAGAUCGGAUCGCGAUCGAGAGUCCAGUCCACCCGGCGGCGAGGGGGCGGGAAGCGCCCACGACGAGACCAGCAGUAGCGGCAACAAAGAGGACGAAGACGACGACGAUGAGGAUGCCGAUGAGAGGUUGGACCCGAGACACCAUGACCCGGAACGCCUCAAGGCGUUCAACAUGUUCGUGAGGCUGUUCGUCGACGAAAAUCUGGACCGCAUUGUGCCAAUAUCGAAGCAGCCGAAAGAAAAAAUCCAGGCGAUCAUCGACAGUUGCACGAGGCAGUUUCCGGAAUUCGCCGAAAGGGCGAGGAAGAGGAUCCGAACGUACCUGAAGAGCUGUCGGAGGAACAAGCGAGGAAGGGAGGGCGCUCCCUGGGAUACCGCGAGACCCACGCCGGCGCAUUUAACGUCGGCACAAGCAGAGCAGAUUUUAGCGUUUGCCUGCGAAAACGAGAGCGAAAACGCCAAGCGCAUGAGACUCGGCCUCGAGCCAGUGUCGCAGCCGAUGCCAACAUUACCGGCGGCGACGCAAACGGACGUUCGCUCGAACAUGGACCACUUCUCAAGCACAUCGGUUAAGGCACUUCCGGGCAAGAGGGAGGACACACCACCGGCAUCCCUAACGUCCCUGACACCGCUAACCAGUUUGGCGAACAUGCCGAGCAGUACCCUCUCCACCACGCCGCUGUCGCUCGCAUCCGCGUCCAAGUUACUCACACCGACGGACAACAAGGGUCUCAUGAGCCAAACGACGAUAGUCAGCUCGUCGGCGGUGAAUGGUGUUGCCAGCGGCGGUGCGCCUACCGCGAUGUAUAGACCGAACUUCAGCCAGGCCUUCCAACGCGCCGGGCCCACAUCGGUGCCGCCGACCCUCUCCGCCGGACUGUACCCAACCCAGAGCUUCACGUCGGGUCUACUGAGCAACGGUACACCAAGACCGACGGAUCUCAGUAUGAAGAACACUAAACCGCUGCUAAGUCACAAAUUAAACGCGACGGAGAUGACCGCGGUGAAGCAGCUUAUUACUGGAUAUCGGGAGUCCGCGGCCUUCUUGCUCAGGUCCGCCGACGAGCUGGAACAAUUGUUGCUGCAGCAACCAUAGAGCUACAUUUACAUCGCCGGCGCUUCACAGCUUGGUUCGUCGUAGACACAGCGACCAAGAGAGGACGGAGAGAGAAGGAGG